AUGGCUACAGGGCCAUGCACUACUGAGUCCCUUGUGUUUCGGCUCAAUGAGAGCACUCCUGAGGUGUUGUGGGAGGUGUUGCUUGAGCGUGGUUGGGAAGAGUAUGACCCACUGGAGCAGGAUGAACAGGACUGGAACCUCUACUGGUGCAUGUCUGGCUUCCGUAACUCAGACUAUGAGAAUGUCUUACUGUGGCAGAGGCUGAACCAUCUCCCCAAGACCAUGCGCCUCGCACGCAAAGAUUGGCUGGCACGCAGUCUGAGAAGGAUGAGGGGCACGUAUGGUGCCAGACUGUAUGGCUUCAGUCCCAUGGCCUUUAUCCUCCUGAAUGACUACACCAGGUUUCUUAAGUAGUACACAAAGCUGGGAGCUGAUGGAAAGUGAAGCUACUGGAUCUGUAAACCAGUGAAUCUCUCUCAAGGGAGAGACAUCUUCAUCUUUGAUGACAUCAAGAAUUUGACUCAUGACUCACCUGUAAUCAUACAAAAAUACCUCAGCAACCCCCUUCUGAUCUCAGGCUACAAAUUUGAUUUGAGGAUCUAUGCCAGUGUGAAGAGCUUCUGUCCACUGACAAUCUACAUGUAUCAGGAGGGUUUAGUGUGUUUCGUGUCAGAGAAAUACAACCUAGCAUCUCUGGACAAUCUGUUUUCUCACCUGACAAACACAAGCAUCGACAAAUUUGGUCCAUUCUACACUACAGACAAAGAGCAGGUGGGUCAAGGGUGUACGUGGACCAUGAGCAAAUUCUGCAGCUUUCUCCACAGUCAAGGUAUCAAUGAAAUUCUGCUCUGGCAAAAAAUCAACAACAUAGUGACACUGACUUUGCUCACUAUUGCCCCUUUGAUUCCUUCCUCCCCUAACUGCUUAGAAUUGUUUGGCUUUGAUAUCCUCAUUGAUUGUCACUACAAGCCAUGGCUUUUAGAGGUCAGUUAUAGCCCUGCACUUUCUAUGGACUGCCCUGCUCAUAUAAUGGUCAAAAAGAGUUUGAUAAAUGAUUUCAUUGACCUACUGAAUUACACAAUGAUUGAUGGCCUGAGACGGAGAGGAUAUCUCAGACAGAAACAAAGACGCCCAUCUAACUCAGGCACACGUGAAGGCAAGUUACCUGCAAUUCACAGUCAGAGAGUCGAGUCCCCAGGUCAGAGAACUCACGACAAGAAUGUACCAUCCCUCUGUGUGGGGGACUUCAUAUUGACAUUUCCUUUUAAUGACAUCACUCAUAAAGCCUCACAAGGCCCAUUGGAUGUAAAGACUAUAGUGCAUAAGGUUCGCAAGCUCACGAGUUAG